AUGAUCCGUCCUAAACCCGUCUCGGACCUAAACCCAAAGGGGCUGAACAUCCUCCGCUCCCACGUCACCAGCGGCAGCUCCAAGCCGAGGCUGGACACUUGUUUUGGGGAGAAGAAAAGCGCUGAUCCGCGGUGGUGGAGGCGGACAGGCGACCGGGAAGAACAGCCCGAAAACAACCGCUUUGUGGAGGCUUCACCGCGACACAGCACCGUUUAG